GCACGCUCUGAGCACACACGCACGCGUUGUUGGAACUUAUACGGAUGUGGAGCAUUUUUUUAACGCAUAAACCGAGGAUCAAGGAAUUUAAAGUACAAGAAACUCGUCCACGAUCCCGUACAGUGAUGAAACCGUGAAGUGGUUUGUGAUCCCCCUUUGAACUUGGCAGCGCCUUUGUGUAAUUUGUUGAUUUGAACAACCGCUGAAAUGAGAACGGCAGAGGAAACGUCUGGCACAGUCCUGCACCGGCUCAUCCAGGAGCAGCUUCGUUAUGGGAACCCCACAGACACCCGCACGCUGCUUGCCAUCCAGCAGCAGGCCCUGCGUGGAGGGAGCAGCGGCGGUGGUGCAGGUAGCCCCCGCUCCUCCCUGGAGAGCCUAAACCAGGAGGAGUCCCAGUUCCUCCAGAUGUCUGCACGCCAGGAGCCCCAGGGUCAGGAGUACCAGGGGGACUAUCAGCACUCUGAGAGCUCCAUGCGCCAGCUCUACCAGCUCCAUGGAGAGGAGCUGCCCACCUACGAGGAGGCCAAGGCACACUCCCAGUUCCUGGCCUCUCAGAGAGGCCAGAUGGGCCUGCAGCAGGCUGCACCUGAGGCCCCUGCUCAGGAGUUUGAGGGCCACCAGGAUGCGGGUCUGCUGGACUUGAAGCGUGGGCAUGUGCGCUCCCUCAGUGAACGCCUCAUGCAGCUCUCCUUGGAGAGGAGCGGAGCCAGGGCCAAUGUAGCUAUGAGCUCCUCCCAUAGCUACCCCCAGCUCUCCAAGCACCAGGUCCACAGGCCUCAGGUCCCGGAACAGAAGGGACCACCACCAGAGUACCCUUUCUCUCUCAAGCCUCCAGGAUAUAUGCUCAGCCACUCACAGGAGCAUGGACACUACUACAAAGAGCAACCUCCUGCAUUUCACUCUCAGCAUCACAGGUAUGUGCAGGCCCAGCCACAGGUGGUUCGCCUCAGUGCUCGAUCUACACUGACUCCUGCUGGUAUGGAGGACCUUGUGUUGUCUCACAGUGGUUCUGGAAAUAAUCAGAUGGCCCAGAUGGACAUGCUGAUGAAGGAAAAUGAGAGACUCAGGAGGGAGCUGGAUGGCUACAGUGAGAAAGCAGCCAGGCUUCAGAAGCUGGAGUUGGAGAUCCAGAGGAUAUCCGAGGCUUAUGAGAUGUUGAUGAAUGGCUCAGCAAAGCGGGAGACUCUGGAGAAGACCAUGAGGAACAAGCUGGAGGGAGAGAUUAAAAGGCUGCACGACUUCAACAGAGACCUGCGAGACCGCCUGGAAACUGCUAGCAAACAACUAGCUGCUAAGGAGGUUGAAGCUGCCGACCAGAACCAGCACGUCUUUGCCAGACUCCUUGAGCAAAAUGAGGAGCGAGAGCGGGAGCGGGAGAGGCUGGAACGGGAGGUGCUCCGGCUCCAGAGCUCCGGGGAGGAGCAGCGGCAGAGGCUGGAGGCGCUGGAGCAGGCGCUGACCGCGGCGCAGGCGCGCGGCGGGCAGUUGGAGGAGGAGCUGCAGCGGAAGCGGGCCUACGUGGAGAAGGUGGAGCGGCUGCAGCGUGCGCUGGCGCAGCUGCAGGCCGCCUGUGAGAAAAGAGAGCAGCUGGAGCAGAAGCUGCGCAUGCGGCUGGAGCAGGAGCUCAGGACCCUGCGUGCGCAGCAGCGGCAGUCUCAGGGCUUCCUCCCUGCAUCGGAGCUGAGCCCGUCCCCGCUUCAGCAGCAGCUUAGGGAGAAAGAGGAGCGGAUCUUGGCCCUUGAGGCGGAUAUCACCAAGUGGGAGCAGAAGUACCUGGAGGAGAGCACCAUGCGCCAGUUUGCCAUGGACGCGGCUGCCACAGCAGCAGCCCAGAGGGAUACAACAAUCAUCAACCACUCCCCCCGCCACUCCCCCAACAACAGCUUCAAUGACGACCUGCCGACUGCCAAUCACAGGCACCAGGAAAUGGAGAACAGGAUCCGUGCUCUGCAUGCACAGCUCCUUGAGAAGGACGUGGUGAUCAAGGUGCUGCAGCAGCGCUUGGGGCGUGACCAAGGCAAGGCCGAGCUGCAGGGUCUGCGUCCCACCAGGUCCGUCCCCUCCAUCAACACCAGUGCCCCCAGUUGGCAGAGCCUCUCAGUGCCGUUGCCUGACCAGGUGGACCGAGGGAAAGUAGUGAAGAGCGUGUCAGAUGAUCAGACAGCUGCCAUGAUGUCAUCCUCUGCUGUCCCCAAGCCCCCCCGCCACGACUGCAGCACCCGGUUUGACGGGCCCCUGCAGGAGGAGCGAAGUACAGCAGAGCCUGGCGUCGCCCCCGCCUCUGAGGAUUUGGAACAAACCCUGACUCCUAUCACUGCUCACAAGUGUGACACCCCUGAGGCAGAAGUUGUGGAAAUCCUUAUCUAAAGCAUUCAGUGGGGUUUUCAUGGAACAAUAACGCAGAAGGAUGGAGGUUUCAGGGAUGUGGUUCUUCCUUCCCUUGCACUUGUAGGGAAAGGGAGGUCCUGAUGGUCACUUUGAAGGCAUUCAAAUGAAAAUUCAAAUGAUCUAGGAAGGAAGAUGCUCCCUCCAAUGAAAAUACUACAACUUUGCCUAAGUGGAAGAGGACACAUUGCUUAGAAGAGGAAUAAAGGACUGUAGUCUUGCACAUAGAGGAGAGCUGAGCUUUCUUUGACAGCUUCACUACAUUAAAAAAGGACCUUUGCCGAUGUCACAAUUUUACAGAUCUGCCUGGUGCAAGUGAGGCUUUGAAUCUUUUUGAGGUACUCGAACAGUAUUUUUUGCAGUUGCAAUUGGCAGCUGACAGACUGUAUAACUGUAUAUACAGCAUAUUGCUUUUUGAAUAAUAUAUUAUUUAUAAUUGCUGCUUUUGUGAGUGUGCAUGUGGAGUGCUGUCUUGGCAGCACUAGGUUGUGGCCUUCAAGAUAACAUACACUCAAGGAAUUUUUUUUAUGUUACCCUGUCUUCUUUCACCUGCCUGUGAUGUUGUAUAUGUGUUAGGCUUGCAAGCCAAAUCACACAAGCUACAAUGGUCUGUUGAGAAACACCAUGUCUGUGUAUGUUCAACGCUGUCCCCAGUGUUUUCUGAUGGGACUGAAAUACUCAGUAUAUCCAGGGUGACCCUGGUUAUUCCAUGUAUUUGAGAACUUGGUCUGCUUCAUCAUUGCUCUUUCUACAAGGAUUGGCUCAAAGGAUGCCUUUUUAUUUCCAGGGGAUUACGGUUUCUGUAGAACCAUGGCCCCAGAAUGCCCCCCCACAGUGACAGUUUUGCACAGUUCUUGUGUGAACGCUGAUGGAUACCAACUCAGUGUUGGCUGACCUAUAUUUACAUGACUGAUGCUAGCCCUACUGUUAAUGCCAGCAGAGGCCCACCGGAAGCUGUAUGUGGGAACUGGAAGCCUCCUUGUUAGGGUUAAACCAAGAGUGCAACCUCAUCUGUUUGUUUAAAGUGCCAUUUUGGAAUUCGCUCUCAGAGGACCCGAUGGCUGUCACGGGACACAAUUACUCAAAUGCCUCUAGAAAGGCAGGUUAUCGUUCUGAGCCUCGCAUGGCUACUGCCUGACAUGCCCUCUUCUCCCUGACAAGCUGGAGCUAAUCUUCCCACAUUCCUCCUCCAGUGGAAUGCCUCUAGAUGUAGAAAAAGGCUAUCUAUGGUCUGACCUUCCCCUUUAAAAAUGGCAAGCAUUCAGAGUACGGUUAAUUUUCUGGGUCUAUUUAUUUCUUCUAAGCCUGGGUAGCAGGUUCUGCCCAUGGGCUUCUAAACUGGAGAGCAGUUAUAUACAGUAACAUGGAAACUCCGUUCCUUAUUAGGAUUCAGAUCAACCCUCUGUUUGCUGACUCUUCUUCAUAAGAAUUAUGCUAUAUUUACACCAUGAAAAGAACCAGGCAUUUGUACGGUCAGAAAUUCAAUCCAAUAUACAUCUUGCCCCAAAGCAGGAUUUAGCUUUCACAGGAAGUGAUGGGUAGCUCAGAAUGAAUAGCAAUACUUUCCUUUUUGAAUCUAUUUAGCAUUGCAUUGUCUGAGGGGUGUACUUUGA